AUGAGUGGACAAUCCAACAAGGAACUCGAGACGGGCUAUGUGAUUUUGAAAGAUCGGCCGGACGAGGGCCCAAAAGCAAGAAUCGAAGUUAAAACGCUGAACCACCUGGCGACCUAUACCGACAUUCCGGUGCCAAAGGUUAUACGCGACUGGGUCGACCGCGAUGGACGCUAUUUCGUUUUGAACGAACGUAUUCAUGGCCAAACGCUCGAGGAGGCCUGGCCUUCUUUGUCAGAACCCCAAAAAAUAGAUAUCGCGGACCAAGUCGUCCAAGUGCGCAAGCAGCUUCGAUCCGUGACCUCAACCUCCAUCCAAUGCAUCGAUCAGGGCCCAUGCUACCCGGGUUUACUGUUUUUCGAUCUUGAACCCCACGGACCGUUUCACUCUGACCAAGAGCUCUGGGAUGCCUUGGCUCUUAAACUUCACUACCUCCCCCAGCAGGUUUUGGAGAACUUGAAGAGCCGCCUGCCAAAAUGCGAGCCGUAUGUGCUUAGCCAUUGCGAUCUUAAUUUGGGAAAUGUCAUGGUCCAAGACGGGAAGGUUGUUGGUAUACUCGACUGGGAGUACGCUGCCUUUUUCCCUAUCUGGUACGAAUAUGUUUCGGCCUCUUUUGGAUUCACGGCCCUGGAUGUAGAAUGGGAGAAGUUGCUCCAGGGGCGCUUAGGCGUAUAUGACGCGGCACAUGACGAUGCGAAGGCAUUUUGGACGGAUAUGUGUAGUCUACGGCAGUACCCGAAUUUGGAUGAGAAAGGCCAAGAAACGUUGAAGAGACUGUCUUAG